AUGUUGUCUGGAUCAGAAUCCUCUGGACAUGCAGGAGGACACUUGGCUGGUGAUGAGGAAAGGGAGGCUAAAUGUAAGGAUGAAAGUGCUUACAGACCGGAAACUGUGGACUGUCAGAUCAAGAAUGCUUCACAAAAGAGGCAAGGCCAGGCACAGAAAUCAUGGAUAGAAAGAGCAUUUUACAAGAGAGAAUGUGUUCAUAUCAUACCCAGCACCAAAGACCCCCAUAGGUGUUGCUGUGGGCGUCUAAUAGGUCAACACGUUGGACUGACUCCAAGUAUCUCCAUUAUUCAGAAUGAGAAAAAUGAAAGCAGGCUUACUCGAAAUGACAUCCAGUCCGAGAAGUGGUCCAUCAGCAAGCACACGCAGCUCAGCCCCACGGAUGCUUUUGGAACCAUUGAGUUCCAAGGAGGAGGCCACUCCAAUAAAGCCAUGUAUGUACGUGUGUCUUUUGACACAAAGCCUGACCUUCUUCUGCACCUGAUGACCAAAGAGUGCGAGCUCCCUAAACUUCUCAUCUCUGUGCACGGGGGCCUUCAGAAUUUUGAACUCCAGCCAAAACUCAAGCAAGUCUUUGGAAAAGGCCUCAUUAAGGCUGCUAUGACAACUGGAGCAUGGAUAUUCACUGGAGGAGUAAACACAGGAGUCAUUAGGCAUGUUGGAGAUGCACUGAAGGAUCAUGCCUCAAAAUCUCGAGGGAAGAUCUGCACUAUCGGUAUAGCUCCCUGGGGGAUUGUGGAAAAUCAAGAGGAUCUGAUUGGCAAAGAU